AUGCCGAACCCGAUGACACCUGGCGCAUCGCUGCGCAGCGAGCAGCACAACAGCUACGUGCUUGCGGUGGUAGUGCGGCUCUUUCUACCGCUUCAGGACCAGCUCCGCUUUGGCCCCGAAGAGCGGAAGCUUAUGGCGUUAGAAACCAUCGCUGAGGCUGCUCGGCUCUGGAUUGUGAGCGAACUGAAGUUUGACCCCUAUAGCCUGCCGUAUCCCAGAGUCAAGGGCAAGGUGCUGAAACCACUGUCGCACAAGUCGCCGCAACUGAGUCCCAGAGUCAAGGGCAAGGUGCUGAAACCAGGAGGUUCCACCAUCGCGGGGCGUGUUGGCACUAUCACGUGGGCCGAUAAUGUCGCGGAGACCUUUGCGCAGGACGACGCCUCUACCAUGGACCGGGUUGCAGCCGUGACAAGCCUCAUACCCUUCGUGGGCUGCGGUACGCAGCUAGGGGCGUAUGCAGGAGAUGGCGAGAUCACCGUAUUGGAAGGAAUCGACACGGCCUUGUGCGGUCUUGGCGAUGCCUUGCUGCUGGGCGUUGCUACGGCUCCUUUCGGGGCGGUGGUUCGUUUGUCUCGGACCAUCAUUAGCGCGAUUGCUGCCUGGGGGCAUUCGUCGAGUCCCUUGCCGCAGAAGCCGAGUCCCUUGCCACAAAAUCCGAGUCCCUUGCCGCAGGAGCCGACGAGUUACUUGCCGCAUAUGCCGAGUCGGAGCGACAUACAAAGCCUGCGAGACGGACUUUGGCGGUACUUUAUUAAUCGUGAAGUCUUAAAUUUUAUCUCUUCCGAGGCCUUCAAGAACAAGCUGGAGAGUGCUCUCACCAUAGUGUCCUUGCGCAACUUAUCCCGAGGUGCGCAGGCCAUCGGCCUGAUUUUGGCCGGCCAAGAAGUAUCCGAGGAAUUUCUGAUGACCGACCCGAUGUAUGAUGAGGCCGACCAGUUCACCGACCCGUGGAAUGCGACCAGGCAGGAAGCCGUGCCCCCCGACAAUCAGGAGUUAGCCCAGACUCCAGCUGAAACCGCCAAGGCUAUUUCUAAGAUUAUUUCAAUUCUGAGCACCAGGAAUCUGGACGAGCAGCGCUGGACCCUGUUGCAACUCGUGAAAGAAGGGAUGCCCGACGUUAUUAUUCGCUUGCGAGACGACUUUAACGAUAAAUUCAUCGAAUCUCUAACGUCUAACGACAUGAUCGCACAGUAUACACAGGCGCAUGCACACUUUGGCGACAUUGGUAGACGCGAAUCAAACUGGGUAAUUGGGAAUAUCACCCAAUACUUCACCUCGGAGGGGAAAUACCUAAAGGAAGCCCCGCUUCCACUUCCCAGCGACUUAGCUCUGGCCUAUUGGAUCGGGUUUACCACAAAUUCCUCGCACAAACCAAUCAUUGACCCAAGGAUAACCGACCCGGAGAGAUACUACGCCGAUACCGUCGGAAAGGUUGAUAAAGAUAUACUCCAGGACCACACACAAGAUGUUAUGCAACUUCUCCGGGGGGAACUUACGCACGCGCAGCUUCCUAGUGAUGGUCCGAAAGAACUAUGGGAUAAACACCUUCAACUUCUUAUUGCUAUGCAUAUUGGAGGUCGAACUACUCCUGGUAAAAAACACUAUUUAUGGAGCUCUGGGAUUAUUAAUGCGUUCCCUGACCCAGCCACAGGGCCGGAUCCAGGGACCCGAGAAGCUCUACGCAUUGAAAGGGCUCUUCGACAGGGCGGGACCUAG